CGUCGCCACUCACGUCAAGCACGCGAAGGCGACGCAGCGUGUUUUGUUCGAGCUUUACGCACGUGUGCUUUCUUGCGGUAGCAUGGAAGUCGGCUCGAGAUUUGACAGCUUCUCGGAAUUUGAACGGGCAUUUCGCGAGUUUCAGGUACGAAACAAUGCUCUCUUCGUCACCAAAGCUUCCAAAAAGAUCGAAGUAGUAAACGCGCGCCUGUCUAGCGGUCUGAAACGACUGGACCCCAAGCUUAAGUUCGCGAAUGCCACGUACGUGUGCAAGCAUGGAGGGGAGCUACGGUGCACGGGGACAGGCAUACGACCUCGGCAAAGGCAAGUAUCGUAGUGAAGCACGCCAGUUAUCGAAGUGCCGUUGCGUGCAUGUCGCUUAAACACGUGUUUCGUACGCAGGACGAUGAAGCAGAACUGCCCUGCGACAGUCGUCAUUGCCGCACGUCGCGAGGCCCAGCAGCUCGAAGUGAUAAAAGUCGACUGCAAUCACUGCCAUGAACUAAGCAACGAGCUCUUUCAGUCGUACCCAGAGAACCGCCGUCUAACAGACGAAGAAAAGAACUACGCGCUGCCGCUCAUGGAGCUCAAUGUGUUGCCAAGCGUGAUUGCGGGGAAGCUGAGUGAGAAGACAGUGCUUUUGACUGGUAUUGCCGGCCAGGAUGCUACAAGACGGGUGCUUGAAAAAGGCUGCCGUUUAGAUGAAAGCGAGGUUGAAGUUCGCCCUGAGCUGUUGCCCAGUGCCCUCCUUGACUGCAACGUGUGCCUGCCUAAGAUCAAAAAGUUUUUCACUCCGGAUGCAUGGCUUUCACUAAUGUCAUCAAGUAAGUACUGCAUUCUUUUUUUUUCCUAUACUUCAGUUCUCAAUGGUAUUUGCAUAUUUUCAGUUGCAACAAAGAAGCAGGAAGAGCUAUGGCUCUGUGGCCAGUGCAAGAGAAAAGACGAUGGAGAAAUCAAAAUGAUUUCUUGCGACCGUUGCCUGGAAUGGUUUCACUGGCCUUGCGUCCAAGUCAAGAAGCAGGACAUAGGAAGACUCUGGUUUUGCCCAGGCUGCUCACUGUCAGUGUAAAGACAGCAUUUCAUUUAAAUAAAGGAGUGUUUGACCUGUCA